ACGAGUGGCAAUGCUGCCUCAAACCCAUCUAUUCCCAGGAAAUCACAAAAACAAGUAUGGCUUUCUGGUCGUCACCGGUGCUUGGUGUCGUCCUUACCUCUCUCCUGCUCAUCUCCAGCAAUAAUGUUUCUGCUGCUAGAGACACGUUCACUAAUCAGGCCAAAGAGUCGGAUGGGCCGAAGAAUGUGAUGCCUGCCGAUGGGGCUGCGCUCAAUGACGAGAAGUGGGGGCAUGGAUACUACGGUGGUGGUGGUGGAUAUGGUGGGGGGUACGGUGGAGGAUAUGGUGGGGGGUUUGGAGGCUAUGUCCCUGGGCAUGGAUGGUAUGGUGGCGGAUAUGGUCAUUACCCUGGCUAUGGUGGUGGAUAUGGUAACGGGUACGGAUAUGGUGGUGGUGGUGGUGGUGGAUACGGAGGAUACGGUGGUGGUGGAUAUGGCGGGUACGGUGGUGGUGGUGGAUACGGCGGGUACGGUGGUGGCGGCAACUAUGGAGGCUGGCACUAAAUCGUAAAGCUAUACGUAUCAAUUAUGUGUGGUGAAUAAGAUAUGUGUUGUGUGUUAAUAAUUAAGUCCUAAUUGCUUGUUUCAAGCAUAUGCUCGUGAUUGAGAAAUUAUAAAAGAUGGCAACAAGUGCUCGUCACGAUUAUUUGGAUUUUA